UACAAACAACAUGUGAUUGAGAUUUCUGACCGGCGUAACAAAUGGAGGGAGUUUUCCGUCAUCUGGAUCUGUGUUGCAUCAAUGUCACAAAAAGAACAUAUAAGGAAAUACAUAUGUGAAAUUAGUGCUUGCAAUGGACAACUUAAUGUUGAAGUCAAUGGUGACCCUCAAAAUUGUGACUGCCUUACUGAGGAUAGAGGACACUGUGUUGAACUUGUCAUAGAUUCAUCCACGUGUGGAGAUUUGUUUAACACUGGCGGACAUGGGCUGUGUUCAGAAGAUAAACCCUGUACAUGUACAAAUCGUGGGCUACAUUGUUGCACAUCAGACACCCAAUUGAAGCAAAGCAUCCUACACUUUAACUGUGUCAAUCAGCAUGGUGCCUCGACAAACAAGCCUGGAGCCUCGCAAAAGUCAGGAACAUUGGUCGGAGGAGUGGUUGGAGGUCUCAUCGGCGGAGUCAUCAUCACUGCUGUCGUCGUAUUGCUGUGGCGUGUGUGUCGCAAACGUAGAAGGUAUGGACGCAUGAGCUCACACAGACAUCAAGAAAGUCCCGGAGAACAGAUGACAGACACUCACGCAUACCUGGGCCCAGGUCACACCAGCGACUCACAAGACAAAAACAAAGGAGCAAAUGAAAAGUCUUCCUCUGUCCCUGAUGUAGUUAAGACUUCAGUGGGAUCAGAUACUGGCGAGUGUGCGAUCAUCUCAGAGUAUGGCGACCAGGGAGACUACACUGAAAUUACAGAUGACAUCACUGGGGCAGCAGGUGGGGGAUCUGUGACAAUAGCAAGUCAUGGGAUGAACCCACAGGGAGGACGUAAACCACAGCAUGCUGCUGACAAACCUGACGGAGAAUAUAACACACUGGGAGAUGCUAUUGUGUCCAAAGCAGAUGCUAAGCAUACUUAUGACAGGUUGGGAGACACGAACCCUGACAAAGCUCGCCUCCGACACAGUGGGAACAACGGAUCAGGUGCAGAUGAUUUCUUCCUUGGGGAAUCUGAAGACAACUACAACAGACUAGGGCACGGUGCUACUGCUAUUACGACUGGUGUCAACAGUGAGUACAACAGACUGGGGGACACUACUGAGGCUGGAAAUUCUGAAUUAACGGACACUGGAUCGCCAUCUUUGGAUUACUUUGUCCUCGAAGAACCUGCAGACACGUACAACAAACUUGGAGUUGAUGGGGGUGCAACUACGACUGAUACAAAGAAUACCUGUGACCGAUUAGGAAACACGGAUGUUGAUAAAAGACCUAGAGAUUCGGAGCCUUACGAAAUCUUGCUUAAGAAAUCAGGUGACACCUACACCAAGCUCGGAGAGAAACCGUCUGCCGAUGAAGUGGAACACACGUACAACAAACUUGGAGGUGCUACACACAAGAGAGAACCUGACGUCCCUCCUGAUGGUACCUAGGGACCCUCGUCAUAGGUCUCGGCAUAGCAUGUGUCUCAAACUUUCAUUGUUUAGUUCUGCAAUGUAUAUAGUACUCAACCAUAUUUUAGCAUUAUUUGUUUUAAGAAGUUAAGACAAUUGGAAUGUGUGGUGAAACUUUAUUGAGCAGACUAGAGGACAUCAUAAUUUUGUCAUACAUGAAGCUCAUGAAUAUCAUUUUUUUCAAUUCUGAGAGGUGCUUCACUUUGGUUUGUAUGUCCCAUGUGAGGAUUUAGUCAAGUUAAUGAGGAUUUCGUACGUAGGAUAUGUUUAGAAACUGACUACUUUGUGUUUGUGUUUGGGGUCUGUCACUGAAAAUCCAAUAUUUUAAUAUUUGUUGGGUUGAAAAUGUAUCUCGGUCUGUCGUUUGGUCAGAAAUUGUAAAUAAAAAUUGUAGGAUUUGAAAACAGUUACCUAACCGGUGAUGUUUUUUCUCAUAAUCGAAACUGUCAAUGAACGCAAGAGAAGGGAUCAAUAUUUUCACUGGGACGCAUGUACCUUUUUAUGUAAACUA